UAAACGGUAGCGGCCAUAGGCGCAGCGCGUGUGUUUUUGUAUUUGCAUCGCGGUGCACCGUGGGCCGGGCGAAAGCCAAGAUGGCGGCAGCCGUGUUCGGCAAACGCGUUUCAAGUGCAUGCUCGGUCCAGACCGCAUAAAUGGUUUGGCCCAAGCGCACACUCAGUUCUUACGCUGUGAUUUUCUAGCUCGCACAACCCACCAGCCCUGAGGUCGUCCUCGUGUGAUGUCCGCCCGACGAGACACAAGCCACGAAUAAUUUUCUGAAGGGAGGAAAAAAAAGUGACCAUCUCCCGUGUACUCUGUCACAUAGUCAGCAUCUUUGCUCGCGACGAAGAUAGUAUCAACACCUUCCUUGUUUGGCACAAGUGUCUAUUCAUCGUGAAGUUUUUAGAAUACGAACGAUCGAACAAAUAUCUCUCUUGUCAUGUCAAGUAAAAGAGACAAAGAUGCAAUGAAUGAAGAUAGCAGCAGUGACGAGGAUGAAGAUCCUGACAACAUGGGUGUACCUGGUGGUGGAAAGGAUCUUGCCACUGCCACUGGGAUUGCAAACAUCAAGGAUGAAAAACCUGCAGAUGCUCCAUCCAACAUAAUGAUUAAAGGACAAGGGGGUAUAAACAUGCUGAAUCAAAAAUUUGGUAACAAAAUUCCUGGGGGAUUGGUGACCAAAACAGCGUCACCAGGUUAUGAAAUGGUUCGUGUAGGUGGAUCACAGGGUGCUCCUCCAGAUUUUGUCAGUGCCAGUCAAUUAAGUCAAUUGGGACAAUUAGCCGCAGCUGGUCCAUAUGGUUUUCCACCUGGAUUAGCAACCCUUGCGGGUUUUAAUCCUGCAGCCUUUUUCCCACCGAGCAUGGAUAUGAGCUUAAUGAGUGGUUUUAUGGGUAUGCCUGGAAUGAACAUGGGUGUAAAUCCCCUAGUUCAACUAUUAAACCAAAACGGUUUACAUCCAAACUGGCCGGCUGGACUAUCAGGCAAGGCUAUGUCUCAAUUAUGGAUGAAUUCAGCAGAUCCUACUAAAAUGAAUAUACAACCAACUUUACCAGAAGAAGAAGAGGUUGACGACGAAGAUAUGGGCGUUGCUGAAACCUAUGCCGAUUACAUGCCUACUAAACUCAAGCUUGGGCGAAAGCAUCCAGAUCCCGUAGUAGAAACUGCAUCGUUGUCCAGUGUCGAACCAACAGAUGUUUGGUAUAAGGUCUCAAUUCCGGAAGACUCAAUAAGAACUGGUGCCUUGUCGGCUUUACAGCUCGAGUCUAUAACGUAUGCGUCUCAACAGCAUGAACACCUCUUACCAGACGGAACGCGUGCCGGAUUCUUGAUCGGAGAUGGUGCAGGAGUCGGUAAAGGACGAACUAUAGCGGGCAUAAUUUUCGAAAAUUAUUUAAAAGGUCGUAAACGCGCCAUUUGGGUUUCCGUUUCGAAUGAUCUGAAGUACGACGCUGAACGCGAUUUAAACGACAUAGGCGCAUCAAAGAUCGAGGUUCAUGCUUUAAACAAAUUUAAAUACGCAAAAAUUUCGUCAGCCGUGAAUGGUAACGUAAAGAAAGGAGUGAUAUUUAGCACGUAUUCUGCCUUAAUCGGGGAAUCAUCACAGAGCGGCGGUAAAUAUAAAAGUCGGUUGAAACAACUUCUGCAAUGGUGCGGGGAGGAUUUCGACGGUCUAAUUAUAUUUGACGAAUGUCAUCGUGCAAAGAAUUUGUGUCCAACGGGUAGUUCAAAACCUACCAAGACCGGUUUAACGGUUUUGGAGUUGCAGAACAAACUUCCCAAAGCUCGAGUGGUGUACGCCAGCGCCACAGGUGCUUCUGAGCCUCGAAACAUGGCCUAUAUGGUUCGUCUCGGUAUAUGGGGAGAGGGAACACCUUUUCCCGAGUUCAAUGAUUUCAUUACUGCUGUUGAGAAACGCGGAGUUGGUACAAUGGAAAUUGUAGCGAUGGAUAUGAAAUUGCGAGGCAUGUAUAUUGCACGGCAAUUGAGCUUUCAUGGUGUAGCUUUUAAAAUAGAAGAAGUACCGCUAUCCAAAGAAUUCACUGAAGUAUACGACCGUUCCGUUUAUUUGUGGGUUGAAGCAAUGCAAAGGUUUCAAGAAUCGGCAGAAUUAUUGGAUGCUGAGAAUCGUAUGAAAAAGACUAUGUGGGGUCAAUUUUGGUCAUCGCAUCAGCGUUUCUUCAAAUAUUUAUGUAUUGCCGCAAAAGUGAAGCACGCUGUCGCGGUCGCUCGAGAAGCUGUUAAGUGUGGUAAAUGCGUGGUAAUUGGUUUGCAAUCUACAGGCGAAGCUCGCACCUUGGAACAAUUAGAGCGAGACGAUGGUGAACUUAGUGAUUUUGUGUCUACUGCAAAGGGAGUUCUCCAGACAUUAGUUGAGAAACAUUUUCCUGCAUCGGACCGUAAUCACAUACACCGAGUUUUGGGCAUCGAGCCUUCUAAGAUGCAGAGGCUAGAUGAUCUCGAUGACAUGGAUGCAGGUGGUUCGGCCGGCGGUAGUAAGAGGAAACCGGUCAGACAAGCGGCCCAACGAGCUUCGAAGAGAGUUCGCACGUUCCCGUCCGAUGACGAUUUUACCGAUGAUGAAAGGAACGGUGGUCAUAGUUCUGGCUCGGAGUACAAGCAAAGCGGAAGUGAGAGCGAAGAUGACCAUAGAACCGAAGAGGAGAGUAAUAUUAGCUCCGAUUCUACCUUCAAUUAUACCGAAUCUGAUUCUGAUUCUGGUGACAGACGAAAAAAGAAAGGCGGCAAGAAGCAGAAGAAACCAGUCAAAAAACGACCAGGAUAUGGAGCAGGUGUUGGAGGAAAUGCUGCGGUUCGCAAUCGGGCACCAUCUAGAGACGCUGUGGAACGUGCUUACAGCAUGAAGAAAGAAUUAUUGUCGCAGAUUGAGGAUCUUGGAGAACGACUACCACCUAAUACGUUAGAUCAACUGAUCGAUGAAUUUGGCGGCCCUGAGAAUGUGGCUGAAAUGACUGGUAGGAAAGGGCGCGUUGUUCAAACGGAAGACGGUACUAUUCAGUAUGAAUCUAGAUCCGAGGUCGAUGUCCCUUUGGAAACACUGAAUUUAACUGAAAAGCAAAGGUUUAUGGACGGUGAGAAAACAGUUGCCAUUAUUUCGGAAGCGGCCAGUAGCGGUAUAUCAUUGCAGAGUGAUAGGCGAGCAAGGAACCAAAUGCGACGAGUACAUAUUACGCUCGAAUUACCAUGGAGCGCCGACAGAGCCAUACAGCAGUUUGGACGUACGCAUCGUUCGAAUCAGGUCAACGCACCCGAAUACAUAUUCCUCAUCUCGGACUUGGCAGGAGAAAGAAGAUUCGCAUCGAUUGUUGCGAAGCGACUUGAAAGCCUUGGCGCUCUCACACACGGAGAUCGGCGUGCUACGGAAACGAGAGAUCUCUCACAAUUUAAUAUCGACAACAAAUAUGGUCGUGCAGCUCUUGAAGCGACAAUGAGAACUAUUAUGAAGUAUGAACCACCGCUUGUACCACCGCCUCAAGAUUAUCAUGGCGACUUCUUCAAAGACGUAGCGGACGCGUUGGUGGGCGUCGGUUUGAUCUGCAACAGUGAAAGCUCGCCCGGUGUGCUCACAUUGGACAAGGAUUACAACAACAUGUCGAAGUUCUUGAAUCGUAUAUUGGGUAUGCCAGUCGAUUUGCAGAAUCGUUUGUUCAAGUAUUUCACCGAUACUUUAAACGCGAUCGUGACUCAAGCGAAGAAAACUGGACGAUUCGACAUGGGUAUCCUUGACUUGGGUACCGCAGGCGAGAACGUAAAACGAGUCAAACUGUUCCGUUUUGUAAGGAAACACGCGACAGGAAAAGCACCAACUGAGCUCCACGUGGUUCACGUGGAACGUGGUAUGAGCUGGGCCGAGGCUAUGGACAAAUGUUCAGAAUUGACAGGGUCUAAGGAAGGAUUUUAUUUAAGUCAUCAAAUUCGUAAUGGAAAGCAGACGGCCAUUCUCGCAGUCGCCGUGGAUACAGGCAAAAAGAAGUCCGAGAGCAAGAAAGACUACCUAUACAUGGUUUACAGACCCAAUACGGGACUGCAACUUCGACAAGAAACUCUAGGCGAAUUAGAGAAGAAAUACAAAAAAGUAUCUUCGGACGAAGCAGAGCCUCAUUGGUCACAACAGUAUGAUGCAUCGGUGGACACAUGUUCUCAUGCUUACUGGCGCGGCAAUUGUAAAAAUGCAACGCUUGGUAUGGACUGUGAGGUGGGGCUUCGAAGACGAUCCUACAAUGUUUUGUCGGGUUCGGUAUUGAGCGUUUGGAGUCGCGUGGAAAGCAUUUUGGCGACACGUUCUGGUCACAACACGAAAAUGCAAGUUGUGCGCUUACGAACUGACGAGGGUUUAAAGAUAGUUGGUACUCUAAUUCCAAAGUCAUGUAUGGAGAUAUUACGCCAAGAGUUAGCAUCUGAUUCGGACAACACCGAGGAACUUACAUUUUGAAUAAUAGGACCAAUGGAAGCGACUUUAUAAUGGACAAAUCCCUCUUCCUAAGCCUUGCGACAGAAUUUGUGAAGGAGAGGGUGCACUUGCAAACGCAUGGCGAAGAUCUUUGACGAGGUGUGAAGUAAUAUUCGAAACAGUGAAUCUAUAGUGUCGUAUUGUGCCGUUCGAUACGGCAAGUGUGGCAUAAAUAUUUCCAAUUCGCGAUCCUACGAACUCAUUGAGAUCCGAGCUUGUCUCUUCGCUAGAGCUCUGAAGUUGAUAUUUUAUAAGUUAUCGAAGUGUCGUUAAUCGCUUUCGUCGCAUCUCGGCGUCAAGCAAACGUCAUUGAGUAGUUAGGUGUUCUCUUUUUUCUCUUUCUCUUUCCUAUCCUUCUUAAUUUUAGAUCUAGAUCGAAUCCGUGUUCAGUUGACCAAGAAAACACGAACACAAAUUUUCUAUUAUUCACAAAUCUUUUCCUCGCUCCAGUCGAUACAGAAAUUAUACAGAGGUUAAACAGUAUAGGUACCACGUCCUCUGAACGUUCACGAUAUUUGUAAAGGAGCACGUUCGUCGUUCGUUCACCAACUAAAUAAAAUCUUAGAAUCUGUUAGGUUUUCAUUCCUUCGAGUUCGAUGAACAGAUUUCACAAUAUGACGUAGCUUUAUUUCGCGUCUGCUAUAAAGUAAAAUUAGUUUUCAUUAACGGUAUGGAAAAAGCGAGAUUUUUGUUAGUAUAGAAGAGGUGGGCGAGCAAUUUUAGUUAGAAAUUAAAGUCGUUAAUGAUGACCAUAUCCUGAUACCGAAAGCAACAUCAAGUGUGAGUCGAUUGUGAGAAUUUUUAGUCGUAACAGAGCAUACAGUUGUACUUCUGACUGAUGUAGAAAAGAAAAUUUAACUGUAGAGUCGUAAGGGAGUGUGUGGGGAGGGGGAGGGAGGGGAUAUGAUAAAAGUAGUAAUAUAGCAAAUGAUCAAUUCUCGCCGGAGAUUGUAGAUGUAUACGCAACAAUGUUCGACUUUUGUUUAAUCGUUGAAUCGAUCGGAUAGUUAAUUAUUCUAAUUGCUACUGCUACCAUUAAUCUUAUUACACUACUGCUAUCCCCAUUCGUACUAUUACUCUCCCAUUGCAAAACUAUUACUAUUUACGGGGUGUGGGAGACAAGGUAAUCACAAACAAGUCUUAUCGACAAAGUCAAAAGCGUUACAUUGAAGCUAAACGUUCAUUGUUUGCGAACCAAGUGCCAAUGUAGAUCGACUUAUUUAUUUUCGAAAUUUUCGUGCAUGUCGCUUUGAAUUCGAUGAGUUUGUUUCGAUAAAAACAGAUUGUAUCCUUGUCUCCUAGUAUUCUCCUUUUUAUUAAACUAGUGAGCAUUAAAGGAAAAAAAAAAUAAUUAGAUUUCAACGGUACAUACGACACACGCGCGAGCGUACACGUCUAUACACAUACACGACACAAUAUAUUUAUAUUCAGAAUCGUAAAAGUAGUCAUGCGAGCUCGCAUGUAUAUUGAGUAGAUGUCUGUUGUUUGUCGGUACGCCUGAACGAGUUUCGGUAGAGUGCUACAUUUGAGAUGGAUCUCGCAAUCUAUUGUCUACGACAAGGAAACUAUAAUAAUAGUAAUAAUAAUAUUAAUAAUAAUAGCGAUAAGCGAAAACAGGAGACGAUUCGGAUAUAGAAGGUAGAAACUAAUUGACGGUUCUACAUUUGGUAGAUUAUCAGUUUCAUAAAUAGAAUUCCAAAUCCUGUUCUAGAAAGGUGCGCGGACUCGGAAGCGUUUCCUUGACUUCGGAGUAAUCUGUGAAUAUAAUAUUCCUGUCUCAGCAACUCUCCUCGCCACAGAAAAUUAUUGUGUCGCGACACAUACGCUAAAAGAAAGCUUGUAUGUUUCUACGGUUACACUAUGUAUUGCUUUUAUGUACACAUGGACCAUAGACUUCGAAGUACGCUACCCACCACAACAGAAAAAGGACAAUGCAAAACAUACUAACGUAUGUUAUAAAUAGGAAUAUCCUAAUUAUGUUAUUUUUUUUGUUAAGUUCUUUUCACGAAAUUUGAUACGACGAAGAAUCACACGGCGCAUUAUUGUGCAUUCAAUGUAUCCUCGUAGUUUAAUUUGUAUAGUUUUAAUUUGGGAGGAGGAUACAGUUUUAAAUAAGUAAAAAAAUACAGGGUUUACGAAAAUCAGUAUUAAAAUUUAUACGAUACUCUCUGAUAGGAAUGGUUUUUCAUCAAAAUUAAGUCGGUUGUCUAAGAGAAAUGUAUGAUAAAAGGAUUUUGUAGAAUGCGUUUUAAACCUUACGAAGAACAAAUAAUCGAAACAUCGAUGAUUGAUUAGAUGCUUGCCUUGCGAACUGUAGCCUCCCCUUUAAACAGUGUACAAAACCGUAGAAUCUUGAACAAGAAAAGGAAACGCAAACAAAAAGUAACAAACAAAAUUUGAAAUGCUGAAAGUGAGAUUUGUGAUGAUGGCACGGAAGGUCUCAAAGUGUAAAUAAUAUAUAUUAAAAAAUAUAUAAAAGCAGUUUUAGGUGAGCAUAUGUACCUUAUAUUCGAUACUUUUACAAUUUCUGCUUCAGUUCCUAUCGCAAGACGAGAUGUAAUUUAUAAAUGUGGUAUCUAGUAUACGUGGAAACUGGCAUCGUACUUGCCGGAACGAUUACUUUCUUAACGCGCUAUGUUUUGUGAACUCAAAUGAGAGACUUGUAAACAUAUAUGCUAUACAUAGAUACAUAUAUAUAUCUAUAUAUAUAUCCGCGCGCGCGCGUGCGUGUGUAUAUAUACAUGUAUAAAUAUCUUCGUGUAUGUAAAACCAAUACUUCUUAGUAAAAAAGAAAAAAAAUGGAAAGAACUAUUUAUCCAACUUAA